AGGAACAAGUCCAGUCUCUUAAGCUUGUCCUUCCAAUUCUGGUGUUAAGCACAGCAUUUGGCACCUCGCAUCCUCCGCCCUCAAAUCUCCACGCUUGAGUGCAGAGGCGAAUCCUCCAUACGGUGGAACACUUCCGCCUGGACAUUUCCUGUCGAGGCGUCAGGUGUGCGUCCAAGUUCGCCUUUUCACUCAUUGUCGCUUUGUCAACGAGAUUUACCGUGGGCCAGGAUUCAACAAAAUGUCGAUUGCCAGGGCGUUUACGACCCGGCGGGUCAAACAGAGUCUUCAAACCUCUGGGAUAGAGCAAAACCCGCAACGCGGCAACAUGAGAAAUGGGUCGGUCGGUUCGAUUCGCCACAAGAUUUCGAGCCCAGUUGAGCUCAUCCACACCACCAACAUGUUGUCAUACAGCGCGCCAGAUAUCAUCCCAAAGUCGGCAUCUUCAACGGGAUCCUCUCACAGGUCUGAUGACGACAUGUCAGACAGCGCGCACACCAGUGGCACGACUCCACCUACCAGUCCCGACAUUGAAUCGUCUCCAAAGCGGUCACUGCCUUCGAAGAGGAUACUGUCGCCGGAGCCGACUCAUCUUCCGAGCUAUUUCACCGCACCUGCGCAGACAACCGAGCCCGCUCCGCGCUCCGAGGCACCUGUUAUCCCUCAGCGCGCCGCGUCGCACUCCAAGACGCCACCAAAAACCCUAGUCCGGCAACGUUCCGCCUCUGGAAUGUCGGGGCAGUCUCAGCGCACCGUUUCAACUAAGGCAAGCCUCACAUUCUCAAGGUCUUCAUCGAGUAGCACGAGCACAGCAGCCACGUCCCAUAGCUCGACACCCUUCCAGCAUAGGUUCAAGAUCUCUGGGCCCAUUGGCUUGCCUCCUGCCGUUUCAUCGAUAGAAGCCCCGACGCCUCCGCAGGUUCAGCACCGCGGAAAAGACUAUCCACAGUCUGAGCACCCAUUCGGGCCUGAGCUUGCGCAGGUGUCGGAGAUCGCCGAGGAGUACGGUGUGAAGGAGCACGUGAAUGACACAGAGGAAGAGCUAAUGCUCGCCAAGGGGUUGCUGAAGUUCAGCGCUGAAGAGUACCUUAGCGAGCUUCAAGGCAUGCUUGCCGAUUUUUUCCCUCAGCCCGACUCGAGCCCGACAGUGGAUUGGAUUUGACGGUAACACGGCGUUUUGUCCUGCUGUGCAAGCGCAUGACACAACCAAUAUUCUCUGUACAUAUUUUGCCGCAUGCUGUUGAGCUCCGGAAUUGCGAGGCGGGCGUGCUUGGCAAAUCCCCGUAUCUGAGGAUUUGACCAAUGCGGACCUGGUAUCAGCAAGGGAGACUGAGGGCUGUUUUCUGAUGACACAUAUGGGAGGUUUCUCAAUCUUGCUGGGUGGCACUUGGGGCAAUCAAGGGAGCUGCGAUGUUUUUCUGCACACCAAAGGGAUAGGGGGUAGAUGACCAAGCCCCCCAACCUGCUGUCUUUUUCUUUUCGGGGCAGGCAACAUUAGGGGUAUGGCUUGGGAAAACGAGUGGGCACUGGCGGCGUUGUGCAGACACCCCCUUACAUAUUUUGUUAGGCCGUCUUCGUUGUUUUACCCCGAUGAUAUGAGGAAUGGCA